AUGGAUCACCCGACAAGUACUCGAACCUCCAGUAAUCAAAAUUCUCAUGGAAAAUCUACCCCUAACCCUAAGAGCCAGGAAUCAACAAACAAACAAGAAGUGGUGAUCAGUACUUUGGUUGAUAGAAUCAGUGAUUUACCGGAUGAAAUUUUGGUACAUAUUUUAUCGUACGUUGGCACCAAAGAUGCUGUGGCAACUGGGGUCUUGUCGAAAAGGUGGAAACUUGUAUGGAUCGAGGUCCCCUGCCUUUAUUUUAAUGAUGGUCAUAGAACUCACUGGUCAACUGCUGGUAGUGGGUUCCCUAAAGCCGGGGAUAUGAAUUUUGUGCAAUUUGUUGAUAAGGUCUUGCUUCAACACAACAAUGUUGUAUCAUCAAUUCAGAAGUUGAAAAUCAUUGGUAAUUGGUAUACAUGGUACGAUGUUGAAGGUUGGAUACGGAAGGCAAUUAACCUCAACGUUGUAGAGUUGGAUCUGAGCUUCCCUGGUUAUGUGAUGAAAAAAUUGUCUGAAGAAUUCUUUUCUUGCAAAUCGCUUGUGGUUCUCAAGUUAUAUGCAGCUGCGAGAAUAAGUGUUCCGAGCACAGCCCGCCUCCCGAAUUUGCGAAUACUUCACCUCGUUUUCGUUCGAUACCAAGAUAAUAAAUCAGCCUCACGCCUGAUUUCUUGCUGUUUGGGGCUUGAAGAGUUAAAGGUUUCGUGGAGGGAUGAUGAGAAUUUGUCCAAUUUGCGUAUGCAUUCGCCAACAUUAAAGAAUCUGAGACUAGAACCCCCAUCCUACAGGAUUCGUGGAGGUGAACCUGUGCUAGACAUCAAUGCCCCUGCACUCCAAAACCUUGAGAUCAUUGCGGGUUCUUUGUAUCAUUCCCUCUUGGUUACCGGCAUGGAACACUUUCUAUCGCUUCCUCAUUUUCUUGAAUGCUUCGAGAAACUAGAAGUUCUAAGAUUAGAAAAGUGCUAUGAGUACCAUCAAUGGGGAGAUUCUUCUCCCACAUAUGUGGAAAAACGCUUAUGGACUGAUCCGGCGCUUGUACCCGAAUAUUUGAAGUCAAGCCUAAGAAUCAUGUGCACGAAUGAUUUCAGGGAAUCAGAGAGUGAGCUUUGUAUGCUAAAGUAUAUACUGAAGCAUGGGAAUGUGUUACAGACAGUUGAGAUACAUCCUAAUGUUACAUCCGACCGUCACCGAGGUCGCUACUACUCCGCAGGCAGAAAAGCCCAUGAAGAAGUUGAGGAGAAGCGUUUAGAUUUGGAGCACAUUAUAAAGAAUUUCCAGAAAGGAUCACAGACAUGUGAAAUCAAGUAA